GGACUGUCAUCUUGAGCGGUGGAUGUCAUUGAAUUUGAUGAGGGGACGACACUGCAGAGUGGAGUCAAGGAGGCCUUUUUUUGGCUGGAAAUGAGCACAUGAUGUCUUCAGUCCCAGUCCAAACCCAAGUCCCAAAUCUUCCAAUCUUUACACGGAGUGGUUAAUCCAGAUUUGGGAAUGCUGGGCAGCACAGAUUGCUGAGCCCAACGAAACCGCACCCUCGAGGAUUUGUGGAGCAAAUCUGAAAAAUCUUGAUGGUUGUUUUUGAAAGGAGCUGUUGACACAACCCCAACAAAAGGAGUGAAAGGACUGAAUCCAGGCUCCCUAACAGAUUCAGUGUCCGACUGCUGCCCACGAGCUUGGCUCCUCUCCAGCCUUCUCCUGACAGGGCCUGAAUUUACUGCUGCUGCCCUGGGAGUCACAUUUCAUGCAACCAUUCCAAUGGUGUAACGGAUGCCUGUGUGGUUUGGGUUCUGAGCGCUCUGAACACUACUGCAGCAUGACGUCUGACAUCUAUCACCUUCCGCUCAAUGUGUAUGUCAUUGUGCUGGGCAUCGGCCUCUUCGUCUUCAUGCUCAGCCUCAUCUUCUGCUGCUACCUUUUCAGGUUGAAACAACAAGGGACGAGGGAGCAGUUCAGCUACAAUGAGGUGGUGCUGAAGGGAGCAAGCAAGAAACUGAGCCUUCUAGGACAAACCUGUGCGGUGUGUCUUGAAGAAUUCAGGACCAGAGAUGAACUGGGGGUGUGCCCAUGCUCACAUGCAUUUCACAAGAAGUGCCUGCUUAAGUGGCUGGAGAUCCGCAGUGUGUGCCCCAUGUGCAACAAACCCAUCCUCCGGCUUCACACAGACGCUCCCCAGGGUGCUGAGGGUCCGAUGGAUCCAGAGGAGGUGUGAGGGAGCCGGGCAAGAGGAUAUCGGACUCCCCUUACAGAAAACACACACAUUAAAAACACUAGGGAUGAUGGACAGCGGUCAUCUUAAAGACAUCUCACAGGAAAUGUUGAUAAUGAUCCCAAGUGGCCACCCUACUGCUGACCUUUGAGCAAUACGCCUUGUUGGGAAUUGGAUAUUGACAGCACCAAAAAUGACUUGGUCAGAUCAGUCAGGGAGUGGGUGGAUGAAUAGGAUCUUUUCAUAGAAAAAAAUGCUCCUAGCUCUACUUCCAUAUUGCACUGUUCACCAAAAAAAGAAAAAAAAACAUGACAGGAAAAGGAGCCACAUUAGAGAGCAGGAUAUCAUUGCCACUGUCACUGGACGACUAGUGCAGUACUGCCAGAGACAGACAACACUACAGGCAUUGAGCAGGACAUCAGAGAAACAGGAUCAGUAUGGAUACCUCUAAUAUCUCAGGGGUGUUACCAAUACAGCCAGCACAAACCAUGUCAGUCACCCUAUAACCCCGUGCCACACAUGCAUCUUCAGUACUGCCAAUGUAGGUGAAAUGCUCCAGCAGUCAGAGGUAGCCACGACCUCCGUCUGAAACCGAGACCAGCGGGAUUACAAACAUGACGAUUUAAGUAGACAAUAUUGUUACAGAUUGUGUCCCAUGCCCUUUCCUUUUAAAAAGAGACUGAUAGAAAACUAGUCUUGCCUGUAUGUAUUGUAUGUAAACAUGUCCCUAUAUAUUGUUAUUUUGUAUUUGUUGCUUUUAAAUAAAACGUCACGUAAUGUAUUGUAA